AUGUCACCUACGUACUUCUCAUACCCUGAUCCUACAGCCCAGGCGGAGUUAAAGGCCACCGCUGAGGCUAUUGUGGCACCAGGGAAGGGUAUCCUUGCUGUCGAUGAGACUAAUGAGGGCAUCGGGAAUCUCCUUGCUAAAAUCGGCUUAGAAAAUACAGUAAAUAACAGAAGGAGAUAUCGCCAGCUUCUAUUUACCACUGAAACGUUAAACGAACACAUAUCAGCAGUCAUUUUAUUUGAUGAAACUGUAUACCAGAAGACAGAUGAUGGAACGCCAUUUAUGGAAUUGCUGAAGCAAAAGAACAUAAUUCCGGGAAUCAAAUUGGAUAAAGACGUCGUACCCUUGUUCUUGUCACUUGAUGAGGUGACUACUCAAGGUUUAGAUGACCUGGGGAAGCGCUGCGCAGAAUACAAGAAGCUAGGUUGUCGAUUUGCAAAAUGGCGUUGUCCUCUCAAGAUUGGAACUCACACUCCGUCUGUACAGGCCCUCAACGACAUGGCACAGGUACUGGCGAGAUACGCAGCCGUUUGCCAGAGUGAAGGUCUAGUGCCCAUUGUAGAACCUGACGUUUUGUUAGAUGGGGACCAUGACAUUGUGAGAGCACAGAAGGUGACUGAAGUUGCUUUGGCAACCUUAUACAAAGCACUGAAUGAUCACCACGUGUACUUAGAAGGAACCUUGCUGAAGCCGAACAUGGUGACACCAGGACAGGGAAGCCUGAAGAAAAAUUCGCCUCAAGAAAUCGCUCUUGCAACAGUUACAGCUUUACGUAGGACUGUUCCACCUGCUAUGCCAGGUGUGGCCUUCCUCUCCGGUGGACUGUCUGAGGAACAAGCCACAGUGUACUUGAAUGCAAUCAAUCAGGUCCAGCUGUAUGCACCGUGGCGGUUGACAUUCAGUUAUGGCAGAGCACUUCAGGCUUCAGUAUGGACUACCUGGGCCGGUAAAGACGAGAAUGUGAAGAAGGCACAGUCAGAAUUGCUGAAGAGGACCAAGGCCAACGGCUUGGCUUCUCUGGGGAAAUACGAAGACGGUAGUGUAUCAACAGCUGCCGGAAAGAAGUCCAACUACAACGCGAAUCAUAAAUAUUGA